GAGGUGUGGUAGCUUGUACUCCAUAAUGCUAGCAGUACAUUAAGAAGGAGUUCCAGUCCCACCCUGGAGGAAAACGUAAUAAGUGACAACUAUUAUUCGGCCUUUUCUUCUUCGAAAAUUUUCUCAAAUAAUUUUUAUCUUUCUUACUUUCUCUUGAGUACCCUCAUUCCCCUUUCCUCUACUGCCAUAUACCUUCUAAUCACAGCACCAACUACAUUAAGUCUCUCACAUUUCUCCCACCACCUGAAGCAGGUGAUACUAUUACCACUUACCAAACAAGAUUAUCCGUUUUCACCCGAAACGCCUAAAAGAAGAAACGAGAAAAGAAAAGGGAUCACGAGCAUUAAAACACGCACUCACGACACGAAUCUGAGUGAACCUCGCCCGUACGGCCACCCGCACACAUACAUAAAGAGCAGAACAAUCACAGCCACAACCACCGCGUUUCGCUCUAUACACUAUACCAAAAGUCUACCAUCCGUUCUUUGACCGAAAGCAAAAUGCGACUCACACGCGCCAUCUCUCUCACCAACUUCAUGGUCGCCAGCUCCGCGCUCGGCUUCCAAGUGUUUGUGCUAUACCCUUGGCAUAAGGAACUAGACGCCGGCUUCGAAGAUCUCAAGAAGGAACAUCUCAAGGUCCUCGAUGUAGUCGGAAAGAACAUUACGGAACAGCAGCGAAUGACCUUUUCCAACAAGUUCAACGAGCUGAAGAAGGAAAGCGCUCGACGAUGGUGGUGGAUGUAAAAUAUACCUGCCCUUGAAACGGACAUGGAGACUAGAUUCUCAAAAGAAUCAUCUUAUCUGAUGGCGGAAAGAAGAGUGAGCUCCCAGAAUGGUAAGAGAUACGUGGAGGAACUCAUCUAUCCUACAGCUUUACACUGAUGAAAAAAUCUUGAACCCGAGCAACAUUUUAUAGAUUUGUCAAGGCAUCACAUGCGUCUUGCUAUAACCUUUUCCUACGCGUUGUUUAUUGAGCAAUGUUUUCGAUAAUAGACAAAUGUAUUAUAGUUUUGCUGUUACAGUGUUUAUACAAACUUUUUUUCUUUUUUUU